CAUACUCGGCGGAUGCCGCCAUCGGGUCCACGUCUUCGUUGCGCCUGUCGUAGUCCUCGUUGGGCUGUCAGUCACAGGCCAAAACAAGAUGGCAGGGUGCAGGAGCUGGUUUCUCUUUUUAACAGUUGUGAGCGUGGCUCACGCGGAGAUCAAAUUCAACAUCCCGGCAGGGAAGUUUUUCUCCUACGAGUUGAUGAGGGAGACGUUCCAGAGUGACUUUGAGCCACUGUCCCAGCUCUACCUGGGGCACCUGUAUGACGACCCGAUGGUGUUCAAGUGCAACAAGCAGUAUUUCCCAGAUCUUCCAGAGUGGCUGCGCUUCACCCAGAGGCACCCCUACGACAAUGGCUUUCUCUACGGGACCCCAACAUCUCCCGGGAAGAGUGUCAUCGAGAUUUACGCCAUCAACAAGCGAAGCUACGAAACCACCAGGCAGAUUCUCGUCCUUAACGUGAUUGCAGCCAAGAGCCCACCCUAUCAAGCUGAGUUUUUCAUCAAGCUGCGAGAGAUUGAGAAGGUGCUGCCCCCUACGGUCCAGGAUGAGAUCAAGCAGGACCUGCAGAAGUUAUGGGACACGGAGGCCUUGGACAUUGUCAACAUUUCCAAUGCUCUGGACCGUGGCGGCCGCGUGCCGCUCCCGCUGGCGGGACACUUUGAAGGCGUGUACGUGAAGGCCGGAUCGGAGCAGAACUUCUCUGCCUGCCUCCUGCAGGCACAGACGCCGGAGCAUCAGCGGCAGUGUGCGACGGGUGCCAAGGUCAAGGUUCCUGGGGAGUGCAACUUCUGCAGCAUCCCCAGCAACUGUAUCAGCUGGUGCAGCACUGAGCUGUUCGAUCUGUCUCAACUGGAAGCAACCUUGCCGGCUCCCACCUUGGGCUCAGGCGUGCUGGAAGCCGGUGAAAACUUUGAGCCACUGGAGUCCCCCGAGGACCGGGACUUUUUGCCGGACUACAUCGUGACUGUCAUUGUGCCGCUGGUGCUGGCCGUCAUCCUGUGUCUGCUGCUCUCCUACAUCAUGUGUGGACGUCGCGAAGGCGUUGACAAGAGGAACGCAAAAACAAACCAGAUCCAGCUGUAUCACCACCACACCAUUUUGGACAACACUGAUGAGCUGAGGAGCAUGGCGAACCACCGAGGUGUCCCCCCGCCGCGCUCCACGUUGCCAAUGUUCGACAGCCGCACAGGAGCCCGGGCCACGCCCCCCGACAGUCCCCGCAUGCCCCUCAUCAUGGCCCAGCACGACCCCAAUGUCGACACGUUGCCAAGGAAAUAAGAGCGCUGACGGUGCGGCAGUCCACGAGGACAAAAUCUGUUGUGUGCUCUUUGCAUUUGUGAGUGUUUUUCUCUCUCAACGUCAAUGUGUCAUUUCAUACAUUUGUUACAAUAUUAGGAAUAAUACAAAGUUGAUAUGCCCUGGUCUGACAUUUUGACCGUUUACAAAUUGGAGUGUUGUCGGCUAUCUUGAAUUGAGUUGAAAAACAAAGUAAUAGUGUAAUUCAUAGUUUUAUCCUGUGUCCCGUCAUUUAGGUGGGCCCAUAUUAUUUUUCAAUGUAUUUUUGGACUUGGUACUGGCUC